AUGCCUCGCGCCAACGCGCCGACACUCCGCCUCAAACUCGUCCAACGGAUUGCCUGCGCAAAGACCAAGUACAUUGCCGGCAUCACGCCGCCCAAUGUCGCGUGCGACGCUCUCGAGUUUGCGCACAACCGCAUCCGCAAGUCCUUUGAGAGCAUUGCUCGCGCCGACGCCUCGCCCCAGGCGCUCCGCGACCUCGCGUGGCUCCAGGCGCAGCUGCCGACCGAGAUGGGCGGCGACUGCGAGUGGCGGCUGCCCGACGGUGGAUACCGGUUCGAUGUCCUCAAGGCGACCAAGCCAAAGUGGGUCCCGUGCUAUCUCCGCCGCGACUUUGGCGACGAGCGUGGCUGCCACGAGCCUCGCUGGGCCUCGGCGCUCUUCCCGGGCGGAGGCGAGGUAACGCGGGCGCAGUUUGGCGAGGCGCUCGCCGGCCUCGGCUUUGAGAUGCCGAUGGGCCCGCGAGGCAGCGUGGGCGCCGACGGCGGCAUGCCCGAGAGCGCGGCCGAUGCGCUCUGGGCGUGGCUGGCUGGCGAUGGCGACGCGCUCACGCCAGAGGGCGCACGAACGCGGCUGCAGGCAAUGGCCGAGGACCCCCAGGCCGAGGGCGCCGUCGGUGAGGGCCCCGACCACCUCGCGCUCGGCGCCAAGCCCUUCGAGAUGAUCGUAUGAGCGCCGCCGCGAUCGCACAGCGCCGAUUCGCCUUGCCCGUAUCCCACAACACAGGCCUACGCUUCGGCCUCGGAAGUCGGACGCUGCGCGAGCGUUGCUCUCGUCUCCUCCUUCUAGUUAUGUGUAGUAUAAGAGCGAGAAGGUUGCGCACGACACCACAGAGAGAGUGUUUUUGCGUUUCCGUCAAAGUAAUGUUUUGCGUUUUUCGAAAA